GUAUUCUUUAGCAAUUUACUUUUGCGCCAAUUCAAUUCUUCAGUUGAAGUAAAUAUUUACUUCAAUUGUAUUAACAAGAUAUAAAGCAAUAAAUUAAUAUAUAAAACUUACAAGGACUAUGAUUUACCCAUAUUUGCUCAACACCAAACGAAAUAAAUUUUGCGAGAUGGUGAGCAACAAGAUUGCCCUCCCACUUUACAUGGGACAAGAAAAUAAAAUUUGAUAUCUACUACCUACAAUGAUUUAAACAAGUUUCUACAUGACUAAGUUAUAAAAUAAAAUAAAAUAAAAUAAAAUCUUUAUCCCAUACUUCAUAGUCAAAGUAAUUAAAAUAAAAAUGGUCCAAUUAUUGUCUAGAAACGAAGGGAGUUAUAUUUAUGGUAGUUUAUUUAUUUUAGGAAACUAUCCUUAAAAAAAAAAUAAAAAAAAUAAAAAAAGGAAACUAGUUAUAUGAUUUACCCCGUAAUAUACUAGUCAUAGGUUUGGUUUCCUAAUACUCGUACAAGUAGUAUUUAUCUUGUUAUUACAAAAUUAUAUUGGUUUCCUGAUGUUUUCGCUAUUUAAUCAAGUUCAAUUGACAUAAAUUCCAAGUAAUUUUCAAAAGUACAUAAGAUUAAAACUAAAAUACAGGGGUUUCCAUCAGAUUUGAAGUCGAGGAAUUUCUUUUUGAUUUCAGCAUUAAUUUAAUUGGUCCGGAUCGAAGUUUGUAUAAAAUCGAAAGGCAUGGCCGACUCAAGUGUUCUGGGUCAUCCUCUAUUUCGUAAUUUAAAGCGAUUCAAAAAAAUUGAAGAGAAAGACCGGAUUAGUGAUUUGCCAGAUGAACUCCUGUCAAAUAUUGUGGCAAGAUUAACAUUGAAGGAAGCAAUAACUACUAGCAUCCUUUCAAAGAGAUGGGCUGAUGUAUGGGUAUCAUACCCUAUUCUUGACUUUGGAUUUCUUAAGAAAACCUAUUAUACUGAAAUACUUGUGCAUAGAGUCAACAAAGUUUUGGAGAAAUUUAAUGGUGGAAAGUUGCAUAAAUUCAGGAUUGUGCACCCAAUGUCUGAGAGAUUUAAGUCUCAUAUCGAUGAAUGGAUUUCCUUUGCAACUCGAAAUCGUGUUUCUGAGCUUGAACUCGACUUCGGAGGUUGGCCUAGACAUGAAGGUUUUGACGAUUAUCAUGUUCCUCUCCAUGUGUUUGCUCGAGAAGAGAUGAUGAUAUUAAAUCGUUCCUCUCCCAAUGUUAGAAGCUUUGUGUCUUUAAGAGAUCUCCGACUUAGGUCUGUAAACCUUUCUGACCAAGUAUUUGACAUAAUUUUAUACAAUUGUUCCUCUCUAGAAAAUUUUCAUUUGAGAUUUAAUCGUGGGCUAGUUAAUGCUAAGAAUACAGCUCCUCACCUAAAGCUGAAAUCACUGAAGCUGCACGAUUGUUUUGACUUAAAUAAAUUGGAACUUUUGGCCCCAAAUCUUGUGUCAUUCAUGUAUGAAGGAGGUUAUAAGGUAAGAUUAUGUAUUAAGGAUGCUCCACAGCUUGCAUCCCUGUGCCUAUCAGUUGAAACUGGUUUAAAAUCAGAUAUGCACCCGAUAUUUCCUAGAGGAAAAAACUUUAUUUUCAACCAGUUCUCCUCUUAUCUCCCUAAGCUGGAAUCUAUGGUUGUCUCAGUUGCUCUUUUUGAGGAUAUGAGUAAUUUUAUGGAACUUUGUGUGUUUAGCAAUCUAAAAACUCUGGCGUUGGAUGCAAAUUCAUCUUCAAUACGACUAUGUUGCCAAGUAGCGGCUUUUAUAAUCAGUGCAGCCCCAUACUUGGAGCUACUUGAGCUACAUCUUUCACCAACAAGAGCUUCUCUCAAGGAAAUGGAAGCACUAGAAUUGCCGUCUAUGUCUCCACAUAAGAACCUUAAAGAGGUCAAGUUGUCUGGCUUUAGAGCCGAUGUAUAUACCAUAGACUUUCUUGCCUAUCUUGUUGAAUGCACCGAUUCUCUCCAGAAGAUUAAUCUCAGUGCAUAUGCUACUGAUAGGUCUGGAGAUGAGUUGUUUGUGCAAAACCGUUUAAAAUGGAGGGCAGAUGAGGCUGAAAAUUGCAAGAUAUGUGUGCAGGAACUCAGGAAAAUAUUGUAUACAAAUGUCCAGCUGAUAUUUCAUGAUUAGUAGUGGCUGAAUUGUACACUUAUUUUUUUAUUAUUUAACUAAAAUAUAAAGAUACUGUAAAUUUAGGCAGUUAUUUGUGUUUUCUGCUUAUAGAAUUAUGUAAUCAGCCAGUGCCAAAAUUGUUUCAAUAAUUACCUUUUUAUAUUAUGGAGUUA